ACGUAGCAGGCGUAAAAAGACGCCAGAGCAGAGUCCUCACAACUGUUUUUUCAGGGGAAACUGCUGUAGCCCUGAGAACCGGAAACAUCCGUUUUCACUACCCCGUGGAGAGUGGAACACUAACGCUACUGCCUGAACUUUUUUUUUAGCCCUCCCCCAAUUUGUAUGUAUCACUAAUGUCUCUGUUCGAUUUGUUGCUUUAUUGCAAUGGAAUGGUAGGACCCAUUGGCUAGUAGUGAUGGAGACCGAGUUCUAAAACAGCGCAGGUAGAAAAGUGACUCCUUUCCACUCUACUCGGUCGGUUACCGCGAGUAUAAUAACGUUAAAAGAUAUCUAGAAUGGAGACUGUUGAGCAGCUCGUGUCGUUUAACCAUAUCCCAGUCCAGUUAAACGGAGGCACGCCUUGGGGGUUCACGCUGAAAGGAGGUCUCGAGCACGGAGAACCACUCAUCAUCACUAAAAUUGAGGAAGGUGGUAAGGCAGAACAAUGUAAGAAGCUGAGAGUGGGUGAUGAACUGGUCAAUAUAAACGGAUCAGCCCUCUACGGUUCAAGACAGGAAGCUCUUAUACUCAUCAAGGGAUCCUACCGGAUACUAAAGAUCACCGUAUGCAGACGCAGUGUACCUGUGAUCAGGCCUCACUCGUCGCACCUGGCCAAGCUUUCAUCAACGGAGUCCCCCCACAGUUCUACCCCUGUCCCCCCUCCUCCUCCCCCGUCCCCCCCAUCUGCCAUGCAGCUCCACCCUGGGCCCUACACACUACCCUGGCACUCUACAGCAGACAACAGUGAUUUGUCUAUCCAGUGGAACAAGCUCUCCAGACACUACUCUACAGACAGAAGCAGUUCCCUAAGUAGCAUGGACAGCCUUGACCCUCCUAGCAGCCAAGUGUACUACGAUUCCCAUAAUUCCCCAGUGGACCCGGCCAUCUUCAACAAUAAGAGAGACUAUGAUUACCACAAUUCACCAGUGGACCCUGCUAUAUUCAACAAUAUAAGAGACUCUGCCUAUAGCUCUUUCUCAGCUAGUUCUAAUAUGUCAGACUAUACUGUCUCAUUAAGGCCCGGUGAGGCCUGUUCUAUGGAGAAUAUCCUCCGAAGCCUUGGGCCAGGGGGACCCGCCUGCCGGGUUUAUGCCUGUGGCAAUGCACCAUCCCUGGGGAGGGAGUCAGGCGAGGCCCAGGAUGAGACCGGUACCUCAACCCUACUACUAAAGUCGAGGUCGCUGACCAGGCCAAGAGUGAGGCAGCCGGAAGCGAAGGAGAGACCAUCUUCGUACUGUUUUGAGGAGGAGAGGAGAGAAGGGAGCGGGGAGAGGGGUGGAGGAGGAGGGAAGAGGGGGGCUUCAAUUCCACCCCUUCCCCCAAUCAGGAAGGACAGUUUUAGGGCCACGAGGGGUCGUUUGGGGAUUACAGAUGUCAAAGAUCAACGAUGCAUCUCUGCCCCCGUCGGAAUUCCCAGCCUCUUCAGUUGCCAUGUCGAGGACGAUGACGACGAUCCUCAGAAUGUUCCUGGUGUUCCGGUUAUUCCUAGCUGGAACGGCUAUCCCGGUCCCUGCAAGGCAUCAAAGGCAGAGGGAGACAUGGGAAAUGGGAAAAAGAAUGGGGUUGGGAAUUUUAAAGGAGAUUCUUUGGAGCAAUACUACACCCUCAUCUCCAAAAAAAAAGAUUCCCUUGUGAAUAAGAACUUAGAGAUCCAGGAGAUCCACCCAGACUCCCUCCAUCUCCCUGCCCUAGAGAUAAGCUCCUCUUCCUCCAUCCCCGGCUCCAGCUCCCUACCUCCAGACAGCUCCAUAGAUCCAGAACCCCCAGGUGAAGCCAACCACCUCCUCCCCCAGAACAAGCACUGCUCAUCAGGUCUCUACAGACAAAGCGUCCCUGAGAAACUCUUAUCGCAGCUACGUCAUCUAGAGUUUUCCAGUGACUCUUCGGACCAUAGCUCCCCCUCCCCCUCCAGCUCCCAGUGGUCUCGCUCCCCCCUUAACCCCCCCAGGGAGGACCUAGGAGGGGAUAUAGGGAGUCACGACACCUCCCUCCUCCUCCUCCAGCAGAACACUGGGGAGUGGGAACAAAGGAGUCAAUGCUCUACCCCAGGAUUGGUGGACAUUGAUGGGAUUGGGGAGGCAGGAGAGGUGAGUGUGGUGGUUUGGAAGAGUAGGGAGGUGGUGGCGGCUGCUGGUAAUCGCCUCUCGCCCAUCCAGGUCCAACACCCCUGCGAUAGGCCGGUGAGUGUUCCAGGGUCAGGGGAGCCCUCUGGAGAUUGUACACAGGGAGAGGUGAGCUCUGAGCAGAUUUGGGAGACCGACUUUGGGCCUCUCAGUGCUGCAGCCAGUGUAGACAGCCUACUGGAGGGAAGUCAUAGAGGAGGAGGAGGAAGAAGGGAUGAUAAUGAAGAAAAGGUGCUGAUGAAGAAACCCAGGAGUCACCGUUCGUCCCGGGCACGCCGUCGCAGCGAACGCUUCGCCACGAACCUCCGUAACGAGAUCCAGCACAAGAAGGCCCAGCUGUCCAAGAGUAAAGGCCCAGGAGGGUUGCUCUACAGCGGGGAGACAGUUGAGGAAGAAGAAGGUCCAGACCUGGAAAUCCAGGACCUCGUGAGGAAAGAGGCUGAGGACGUUGAUCCGCCUGCCAAGGAGAGCAGCUCCCAAGGCGUGUACACCUGUUCCGACAUCAGCCUCUCAGCUCCAGCUCCUGGAGGUCUGAACAGACUAUCCUCUUCUUCCACCCUCCAGCUCCACCAGCCGUCCCUAGCCCCAGUUUCAGCUCUACAACCCCCCAGGGAUGAAGAACCUGAACCACCAGGGAAGCAAGACCAAGCUACAGACUCUUCCAGGACACCCCAGAGGUCCGUCCCAACCUUGCCCAGCUGGGGUAUGGGUAUCCAGGUCGUGGAGGAGCUAGCUCCAGCUGGUAAGUCCCGCCGAUGGAGAUGGACACCCGAACAUAAACUCCAACCAGAAAUUGACACUGACCGACGGGGGGAGAGGGUCGGAGUGGCCUUGGGGGUGUCAGGACAAGGGAGGGCAUCCUCUGCCUCCUCUUCUUCUUCUACCACUUGUUCUUCCCACACUGAGGAGUCUGAUAUUCUACCUUUCGCGGACCGCUGUAAGUUCUUUGAGGAGACAAGCAGGAGUAUAUUGGUGUCAGAUUUGCCAGGUCUGACGAGACGACGGCAGAGGCCAGAUAGACAUGAGAGGCAGCCUCAUCUGUCGAUGCUGGAGAACCAAAGAGGAGGCUAUGGACAGGGACAAGCCCAGAGGAGGUACUCUUACCAGGGUGGAUUCGAGCGAGAAAGUCCCCUUUUGAUUAAUACCAUGGAGGCCCGGAGACAAUCGGUUAGUGGGAAUAGGGAGAGAGAGAAGGAGAGGGAAAAAGAGAGGGAGAUGGAAAGGGAGGUAAGAGCAAGAGAGAGGGAAAGGGAAAGGGAGGAAAGAGCAAGAGAGAGGGAAAGGGAGGAGAGGGCGACAGAGAGGGAGAGGUUGUUGGAGAGGGAGGAAAUGGUAAGGGAGAGGGAAAGAGAAGAGAGGGCCAGAGAGAGGGAGAUGGCUCUUGAGGGGGAAAGGGAGGAAGAGAGACAAAGAGAGGAAAGGGCUAGACUGAGAGAGCUGGAGAUGGAGAGAGAAAGGGGGAUAGAGAGGGAACAAGAUAGUGAGAUGGAGAAAGAGAGACAAAGUGAGAGAGAGAGGAAAAGAGAGAGGGAGAGAAAGUCACUCAGUUCAGCUCAGGAUCUUUUUGCCAGUCAAUCCCAACCCCAUGCCUACCCCCAGACCCACUCCCAUCCCCAAAUCCAGAUGGAGGCCCCUCGUUCAGCCUUCCACCCGGUCAACACCGCUCUCCUCCAGGAUAACCAGGCUCUUCACCAGGGGUAUCCACCACAGAGCUACACACCAACAGAGGCGUAUCCUGCUGCGUCUCGACCGUUACCGUGGGAACAGACACAGAUCAACAGGAAGUUCAGCCUGACCGAGAGGGACUACCCCCGGUACAGACGUGAUUCAUCCACCGGGCCACCAAAUUGUACUAUAACAGGUACACCUGACUACCACCACCACCAGCAAGUCUCCCAAAGUGGGGGUUGUUGGAAUAAUGGCUUGCUGUCUGCCUGUAGUGUGGACGAGGAGGACCAUCACCAGACGUCUAUGGUGGUUAACCCCACAUCAUAUUCAUCUUCAUCACUACUACGAAGCAGGGCCAUGUCCGAGAACGAUCUACACUUUGGCUCCACCCACCGCCGUACUUCACCCUCGGUUGCUAUGGCGACACCACUGUCUGAGUUGGAGGAGGGAGGCGGGAUCGAAGGGGGAAGAGUGGGAGGAAUUAGGGGAGCGGCUAACAAAAAUAAGACUCUACCCCCUCCGAGGCCACCUCCCCAAUGGGAGCAGUUCCACCGCAGGAGAGCCUCCCACCACACCCUCUUGUCCUCUCCUCUCUUCUCCACCUCUGUUUCUUCAUCCAUCCAUCCAUUGGUAAACCCCACCCCCCCUCCUCUCCCUCUCAUACCACCAGAGGGUCCCACCUCUCACCCUUCAUCUCACCCCUGUCACCCUGAAAAGAGUGAAAUGACGCGUCAGCGCUCCUACAGCCUCCCGCCCCAGAGGGAGGAGCUAGAGGGGUGCCAGCGCUGCAUCAGAAGCCAAGUCCAGGAAUGGCGCUUUCCCCAGUCUUCGCCUAGUCCAGGGUUCACACACACAGCCUUCCGGCCGGUGGCCCCGCCCCAAAGAGAUAAAGACACUCCCCCUCGCUACGACAACACACUGCCGCCAUCAGAAAGCUGUGUCAGGUUGUACAACAUGGUUGACCAAGAUUGUCCUGCUGUAUUGAAGCCUAUCUCUCAUAGACAGCAGAGGGCCAGGGCUGAGUGGGAGAGAACUCCGUCUCCCAGAGUGCAUAGCUUCUCAGGUCAACUCACCAUAGAGAAUGGCGUUAUCUCACCAGAGUCCUACUUCGCUAUGAGCUAUGAACAACAACAACAGUUACAGCAGAAUAGAAGAUUGCGGAAUCACCCCCACAACAACAACGACAAGCCGGAAUUGGAACAUGAAUUAUUGGAACUGGAACCGGAAUCCGAUUUCGGCCCGAGCCCCGCCCAGAGCUUGGAACAGGAAGUGGACAUCCCCAUGGAAACGGACAUCGACGACUCCCAGGAGGAGGGGCUUCCAGAGGAUGAAGAGCCAAUCAGGACAGAGCUACAAGGUUUCGCCCUGCCGGUCACGGUGCUGGAGACGGACAUCGACACGCUCCCUGAUCAGGAGGCCUUGCCAGCGGGUAGGAUGACAGUGGAGAAUGGGUCUCUGGAUGGAGAAAUGGAGGACCAGGGGAUAAGGACCAGAGAGGAACUCAUGGAGGAGCUGUUUCCCCAGAGCAUUGAGGGCGAGGCAGGCACAGAGAGCUGGAGAGGGGCCUACCGUAGCCCCAACCUGGAGCACAAUACAGACAGUCUGGAUAGGCGUUCUGGUGCCAGCUCCAGUUGUUCGUCCUACUACUCUACCUCAGCAGCCAAAGCUCAGCUCCUCACUCAGAUGAAAGACUACUGCUCAGACACUAGAGACACUGAUGAUGAUGAUGAGGACCUGUCUUACAAGAGACAGUUGAUGGAGAGUCUACGUAAGAAGCUAGGAAUUCUGAGAGAGGCACAGAGAGGUCUACAGGAGGAUAUACGGGCUAACGCACAGCUGGGAGAGGAGGUUGAAAGCCUGGUGCUAGCGUUCUGUAAGCCCAAUGAGGUGGAUAAGUUCAGGAUGUUUAUCGGGGAUAUGGAUAAGGUGGUCAGUCUGCUUCUGUCUCUCUCCGGACGGCUACUUAGGGUUGAGAGCUCACUGGACAACCUGGAGGCCGAAACUGGACACUAUGAGAGGCUCCCCCUCCUGGAGAAGAAGCGUCAGCUCCUGGUGCAGCUGUCAGAGGCCCAGGACCUCAAAGAACAUGUAGACCGACGGGAGCAGGUUGUGGGAAGGGUGCUAAGACGAUGCCUCUCCCAAGAACAGCACCGUGACUACAGUCAUUACGUCAAGAUGAAGGCAGCAUUGCUGGUGGAACAGAGGCAGCUGGAGGACAAGAUCAGGCUGGGAGAAGAGCAGCUAAGAGGGCUACGGGAGAGCCUAGGGAUGGGAUUAGGGAUGUCCAUGGGAUAUGGGCACUACUAAACCCCAACCAAGAGACCUGAAAGCUGGGCAGAUGGAUGGGGUAUCGACACUAUUGAGAGAAAGUGAUCAAGGACAGUUAGAGCAGUUAAGAACCUUAAGGGAGAGUCUGUGUUGGGGAUGUCCAUGUUGAUGGGGUAUGGACACUAUUGAGAGAACUAACACUUUUUUUUAUAAACAACUCUCUAUUCCAGACACUUUUUUUGCGAUUUCACUUGUUUUUGAGAAACUUACCCCAACCAGUGAUUCACUUCCUCAUUGUUGUUGUGCAGUACGGCGGCUCUGAAAAAAACGGGGGUUCUGAACAAACAUGAACAAAUGUUCCAUAAACACCCAAAUACGUCCUUUUAGAAAUGAAAACACACUGAGUUUAGUGAUGCAGGUCUUUAGAUGUUGUACAUGUGAAAUUGUGUCAUUUCGAACUUUAUCCACAACGUUAUAUUCCAUUUUGUGUGGAAAUACAUUUCUGGUUGGGGAAAGUUUCUCAAAAUCAAGUGAAAUUGCAAUAAAAGUGUAUUGACUCUUCUAUGACAUGCCAUUUACAUCAAAAUAAUAUUUUAUUGUAAAAAAGCACAUUUCUCCUUUAAGGAAAAUUUAGAGACGAGUUGAUGGUGUUAGGGAUGGGCUGGGGGAUGUAUGUGGGAUUAAUUCAUUAUUGAGUGAAAACCACCCUACCCAGGGAGACCCUAGAGUGGGGCAGAUGGGCUUAGGAAUGGGGUUAGGGAUGGGGGGAGAGCAAUGGAAUGUCUAUGGGGUAUGGGCACUAUGGGGAGACAGGCAACCUACACAAGGAGACCCUAGAGUGGGGUACAUUAGCAUGGGGGGUGGGGUAUGGACACUAUUGAGAGAGAACCAACCCAACCUAAGGAGAGCCUGGAGAGCUAUGGUAGAGUUUAGGGUUAGGGGUAGAGCUGAGGGAUGUCCAUGAAGUAUGGGAACUGUAGGGAGACAGCCAACCCACACAUGGAUGCCCUAGAGUUGGGUAAAUAGGGAUGGGGUUAGAGUUGGGUGAUGGGACAUGGGCACUACUUCCUAAAACACAGUACUUUUCCUGACACCAACAUCUACACUGUGUUAAACAGAGGUGGCCAUUAAAACCCCACAAGAGAAUGCAUUAAGGCUGCACUUGGCAGUAUUUGUCCGUUAAGAAAUACACACCUACUCGUUGGUGUUAGACACACUGGUACACCCAAGAGUAACAACUAUCUUUCACUUACCAACUGUAACCUCACAAUCGCAUACUCCAUGCACAACAAAACGAGGCCAAAGAAUACGUUGUUGUUUAGUGUGUGUGUUACUGAACAAGACUGGAGAAAAUAUGUAUUUAUUAUUUAUAUCUCUGUUGAGCAAUACGGACAGGGAGGAUUUGGGGUGCUAGACGAGAGCAUUUUCAUGAAACUGUUGGGGAGUGCAUUGAAUACAUAGAAAUGGAUAGAAGGUGCAUGUGCCAAAAAGCUGCCCAUACUAUCACAUCAAACAUUAUUGUAAAGAAAAGCCCUCUAUCCAAUUCUAUGAUUGCAUAUAAUCCUAUUACAGUAAUAUGUCCAGAAAUGGAGAGAGACAGCCGCUUCUCUCCACUCUCAUAUAACACUAUACUAGCCUGAGUGCCAGUCUGUUUGUGCUAUCAUGUGCUAUCAUGCUAACUCCUUAACGGUUAUGACUUGACAUGUUUGGCUUGACAAUGACGGCGAUGGAGUUUGCCAAGAGCGCAAACAGAUUUGGGGCCUGGAAAACCCUAUACUCCAUAACGGCAUCACAUCACUCCUUAACACUACACUACCACACCACGCCUUAGAUUGUGUAUAUUGGUGUAGGGUGAAGUUCCCCUAGACGCUGAUCCUGGGUCGGUUUUGCAUUUUCCCCACUAAUGGUUAAGGUUAAAAUAGGGGGAGGAGAAGCUGAUCCUAGGAAAUUUCACCUCGUAGCCCUAAAAUUACCAGACCAUGUCUUGUGUGUCUAUGCAUUCAUCAUUAUUGUGUGUAUUAAAUGUUGUGUAUAGAAGUGAUAUUCAUGUGUUAUAACUGGAAUCCAUCAUUGUAGUGUAAAUAUGUCAUGAGAAACUAUGUCAUUUAUAUAUAUAUACGUCAUAUGGCAUAUAAUCGUCAUAUGGCAAAGUUCAUCCUAAUACAAUACGUGCCAUUAAAAAAUAUUUUGUUUUUAUUACAUUUUGGGUGAUUUUUUUGGGGCACGUAUUGUAUUAGGAUGAACUUUGCCAUAUGACGUAUAUAUAUAUAAUAUGACGUGUAUAUAUAUAAAUGACAUAACUUCUCAUUUAUAUAUAUAUAUUAUUGGCUGUUUGACCAAAAACAUGCAUGCAGACCAUAUCUUUUUAUUUUAUUUUUAAUUUUUAACCUAACCUUAACCCCUAAUCCUAAAAUAGCCUUUUUACAAAUGAGGACUGGCAAAAGAUCCUCACUUCCUUGAAUUCUUUUUGGUUUACUAUUCUUGUGAGGACUUCUGGAACUCACAAGUAUAGCAAAACGUGUGCUCACACAGAUACACACAGUGCUUUCGGAAUAUAUUCAGACCCCUUGACUUUUUCCACUUUUUGUUACGUUACAGCCUUAUUCUAAAAUGGAUUAAAUAAGAAAAAAUCCUCAGCAAUCUACAUACAAUACCCCAUAAUGACAUUUAUCAAAAUUAAAAACAGAAAUAUGUUAUUUAUGUAAGUAUUCAGACCCUUUGCUAUGAGACUCGAAGUUGAGCGCAGGUGCAUCUUGUUUCCAUUGAUUAUCCUUGAGAUGUUUCUACAACUUGAUUGGAGUUCGCCUGUGGUAAAUUCAAUUGAUUUGACAUGAUUUGGAAAGGCACACUCCUGUCUAUAUAAGGUCCCAUAGUUGACAGUGCAUGUCAUACCAAAAACCAAGGUCGAAGGAAUGGUCCGUAGAGCUCCGAGACAGGAUUGUGUCGAGGCACAGAUCUGGGGAAGGGUACGAAAAAAUGUCUGCAGCAUUGAAGGUCCCCAAGAACACAGUGGCCUCCAUCAUUAUUAAAUGGAAGAAGUUUGAAACCAACAAGACUCUUCCUAGGGCCAAACUGAGGUUCUGGGGGAUAAGGGCCUUAGUCAGGGGGGUGACCAAGAUCUGAUUGGUCACUCUGACAGACCUCUAGUUCCUCUGUGGAAAGGAACUCCAUCCCUGCAACACUCCACCAAUCAGACAGAAGCUUUUCCUCAGUGAAAGGCACAUGACAGCCUACCGAAGGGCACCUAAAGACUCUCAGACCAUGAGAAACAAGAUUCUCUGGUCUGAUGAAACCAAGAUUGAACUCUUUGUGCUGAAUGUCAAGUGUGAUUUCUGGAGGAAACCUGGCGUCAUCCCUGGUCAUGCAUCAUGCUGUGGGGAUGUUUUUCGGCAGGAGGGAAUGGGAAACUAGUCAGGAUCGAGGGAAAUAUGAACAACGCAAAUUACAGAGAGAUCCUUGAUGAAAACCUGCUCCAGAGCACUCAGGAAUUCAGACUGGGGGCGAAGGUUCACCUUCCAAAAGGACAAUGACCGUAAGCACACAGCCAAGACAACGGAGCAGUGGCUUCGGGACAGAUCUCAGCCAAAGCCCGGACUUGAAUCCAAUCGAACAUCUCUGGAGAGAUGUUCAAUAGCUGUGCAGCGAUGCUCCCCAUCCAACCUGACAGAGCUUGAGAGGAUAUUUUAGAGAAGAAUGGGAGGAACUCCCCAAAUACAGGUGUGCCAAGCUUGUAGCGUCAUACCCAAGAAGACUCGAGGGUGUAAUUGCUGCCAAAGUUGCUUCAACUAUGUAUUGAGUAAAGGGUCUGAAUACUUAUGUAAAUGUGAUAUUUCAUUUAUUUAUUGCAAAAAUGUCACACAAAAAAAACAGUUUUUUGCUUUGUCAUUUUGAAGUAUUUUGGGUAGAUUGAGGGGAAAAAACAAUUGAAUCCAUUUUAGAAUAAGGCUGCACUGUAACAAUGUGGAAAAAGGUCAAGGAGUCUGAAUACUUUCGGAAUGCACUGUAUGUGUGUAUGUAUUCAUUUAUUUUUUACAUUUUUGUUUACUGUAUUCCCUACAUAGUGCACUACUGGAAACGAUGGGUUGGGACCAAAUAAGGGGUCCCAAGCUUCCACACAAGUAAUCUAACCUUCCACAAGUAAAAGAAUAUCCACUUAGUCAUGCAUUGAUGUCAAUGGGAAAUUUAAGUGAAAAUUAUACUCUUAGCUGGAGGUUAGGAUUCACUCCUAAUGCUAGACUUAUAAUGCUGUGUAUUUUCUGAUAUGUAUUUUUUAUUAGAUUUAUUGCAAAAAUAUUUUAGUAAAAAACAAGUGAGACGAGUACCAUAAUUAAUAAUACUAUUUUAAACUAC